AAGCAGCCAAGUUCAAAGAGGCCUGUAGAUUGCCCUGACCUCCUCUCUCAAAGCUGCCACAGAGCCCAGGGAGAUCCACGAUGAACGGCUUCCUCCUCCUCCUCACCAUCAGUCUCCUGGUUGUGGUUCAGAUACAAACAGGAGUCUUGGGACAAAACAGUACCGGGGCCACUGCUGCUGCUCCUACUGCUAACAAAGCCACUGGCGCCGGCGGUGGAGGUGGCGCCGCCGCUACCACCAAAACCACCAAAACCACCACCCACGCCACCACUGCCAAAAAAACCCCUGGGAAACCCCCAAAGGCUGGGGCUUCAUCCAUCAUCGAUGUGGGGACCUGCAGUUUCCUCUUCUUCGCCAGCACCUUCAUGUGCCUCUUCUACCUCAGCUGAGGGGAAGGUGUGGCUUCUAAAGCCCCAUGCUCCUCACACUGCUGCCCCCAUCAGUAGUGAGACGCCCAACCCAGUCCUUGGGAAGGGCUGACCCCAGAGAUCCAAGGAGGCGAAAGUUGACAGGCAAUGGCUAGAACGAGGUACUGAUGGGAGUGGGCACGUGACAUCCAGCUAGGGCCCAAUAAAGUUAUA